AUUAACUACAUUGAACACAUUCAGUUACCACAUGAGUCCCAGAAGACUCUCCAUAUCGUUAUUGAAUCUAUACUAAACUCAGAUAUCUUUUUUUCAAUUUUCCAGUUUCAGAUUCCACACCAAUGCACGUUCUCUUAACCAACGACGAUGGUCCUUUGGACGACAACUCAUGUCCAUACAUGAAGUACUUUGUAGACGAGAUCCUCACCACGACUGACUGGGACCUCUCGAUUGUUGUACCGAACGAACAGCGGUCAUGGAUCGGAAAGGCUCAUUUCGCUGGAAAGACUCUAACAACUACAUACAUCUACACCAGGCUUCUGACCAGUGCUCCCAACGCCAAUAUCAAUAGCUUUGAAGGUCCCUUCAAAACUUCUCAACCACAGUUUCCACAGCCGGAAUGGCAGGAAUGGGUUUUGGUCAACUCGACUCCGGCAGCCUGUGCCGAUAUCGGAAUCCAUCAUGUCUACAGCAAGAAGAAGGGCCCCAUAGAUCUUGUUCUCAGUGGUCCCAACUUCGGCAAGAACUCGAGUAACUUGUAUAUUUUGGCCAGUGGAACUGUUGGUGCAGCCAUGGAGGCUGUGACCCACGGAGUUAAGGCUAUUGCCUUGAGCUAUGCCUUCAACAACCUCGACCACGACUUCCAUAUCUUGAAAGAAGCAGCUAAGAUCUCGGUCAAGUUGAUCAAGAAGUUAUACGUUCAAUUGCAGACCAUGGAAAAUGUGGAUAUCUUUUCUGUUAACGUUCCAUUGAUCGAAUCGCUAAAGUUGGGAUCAACUAAAAUCCACUAUGCUCCCAUCUUGAACAACUACUGGAACUCCAUCUACGCUCCACUGGACGAGCUAAACGAACAUGGACAACAACAGUAUAUGUGGAAUCCAGACUUCAAGAAAGUGUACAAGGACGGUUUGGCUGAUCUUACUCAUACUGAUAGCAGAGUUCUUUUGGAGGAAGGAAUUAGCGUCACACCACUUAAGGCUUCCUUCAACAUCGUGGAGCCAUUUUCUGGUGAAAUUACGUUGGACGAUGAUGAAAGCGCAGAAAACUCGCAUCGCUUCUUGAUUACUAUCCCCCAAGAAGCGUAUGUAUACAAGCCAUUGUUGCCUGAUUUCAGUAUUACGACCGAUAUCUCACUUUUGAAGAAUAUUCCUCAAGACGUGAAGGUAUUCCACUACGGUGAAUACGAAGAUAUUGACAUUGACCUCAUAGGCGAAAAACCGCUGCAGUACUACAUACCCUCAUACAUCUAUAGAAAGGCAUUGAUACGUAAGCAUUUCCUUGCCAAUACCAUCCAGCACUAUGUGGCCAAACAUCCGGAGUCCGUUCUCAUUCAGAAUGUCCCACAAAGCUACCAGUUGGAAGUAGAUUAUGCCGAGUUUCUCGAUGAUGCCUUGGACGACGCAUAUGAGUUGCGAGACGAAAUUGAAGCCGGUGGAAGGACCUGGAUUUUGAAGCCCAGCAUGAGUGACAAGGGCCAGGGCAUAAGAUUGUUUAAAACCAUAGACCGGUUGCAAGAAAUUUUUAACUCAUUUGAAGAAGGCGAUAGCGAAGAUGAAGACGAAGUUAAUGAAACUGAAAACGGGGUCAUCAUCUCACAAUUGCGUCAUUUCAUCGUCCAGGAAUACAAGUCCCGCCCCUUACUUUUGCAAAAUUAUGACAACAAGAAGUUCCAUUUGAGAACCUACGUCGUUUGCAAAGGUAAUCUACAAGUGUUUGUGUACAAGAACAUAUUAACUCUUUUCGCCGCAACAGAAUACCACGACCCCAACGAUGACAAUGACGAAGAACAGGUAUCUAUGGAUGGACAUCUCACCAAUACGUGUUUACAAGAGACUGGCAAUCCCUUAGUGGUUCCAUUCUGGAAGCUAGAGGACACGAAGUUCAGUGAAGAGCAGAAGAAGAAAGUCUUUGACCAAGUCCUUGAAACCACAAAAGAAUUGUAUACGGCUGCCACGAGUGUUGACAAAAUGAACUUCCAGCCUAUGGAUAAUGCCAUAGAAAUAUUUGGCAUAGACUUCUUGGUCAACGAAGACUACACUGUGACCCUUCUUGAGGUCAACUCAUACCCUGAUUUCAAGCAGACCGGAGAUGACUUGAAGGGCCUUAUUUACGAAUUGUUUGACAGAGUAGUAAAGGAAGUCGUGAGCCCUCUAGUUACUGGAACACAGUCAGAAACCACGGAAAGUACAUUGGUUUCAGUUUUGUCCCAAUAGUUUAUAAUAGUUAUCAAUGGAAUAAAGCAUGC